ACUUGCCAUCCUCUCUUCUCCUACACCUCUGUCUCUUCUUUUUCCCCGCCUCUCUCUCUCCGACAAAGACGAAACCCAGAAACAGUACUACCCCACUAGCAAAAGAAGUAGAAUACCCUCUCGUAUUUUUUUUAAUCUCUCUCGUUCUCUCCCAUUCCAUCUACCUUUGGUUUCACUUCAAAAAUCCAGUUCAAAAGCUCGAUAACAAUGCGCAUGCAGCGAAAUAUGUAAAGAAAACAAAAGAAAGAAAUAAAGAAAGGAAAAUAGUUCUAAAAAUCAACGCUUUACAUAGGAAAUGGUGCAGUUUCAUCUUCAUCAUCACCGGUGGAGAAAAGGUGAGAAAAAUAUCGAAGAAGAUGAGGAGUCUCAACUACAAGCCCUUAUUAUAGAAUGUGGAAGCACCAGUUGUUACUACAAGAGAACCAGGCCCAAGCUACUAUCCCUCCUCUUUCUCCUUAUUUUUUCUUUUCACCUCUUCAGCUGUGGCACCACCUUCUCUCUUUUCCAUUCAUUUGGAGUAGAAAAAGAACGCCCUUUUGCUGAUAUGAAUGCAAAUACUCCCGUGUGUUCUUCGAUCUCAAAUGGAACUAUAUGUUGUGAUAGAAGCAGUAUUCGUUCUGAUAUAUGUAUCAUGAACGGGGAUGUAAGAACACACCCUGCUUCUUCUUCAGUCUUCCUUUACAUCGCAAGAGACUCCGAUGGUGUCAUUAAUUAUGGGGAGGAAGAGGGAUAUGAAGAACUCAAACUCGAAAGAAUCAGACCCUAUACACGGAAAUGGGAAACAAGUGUCAUGGGCAGCAUCGGUGAAUUAAACCUUAUUGCAAAGAAAGUGAAUCAUGGUAUAAAACAUCACUGUGAUGUCUGGCAUGAUGUUCCAGCUGUGUUCUUCUCAACCGGAGGAUAUACAGGUAAUCUUUAUCACGAAUUUAAUGAUGGGAUUCUGCCAUUGUACAUCACUUCACAGCAUUUGAACAAGAAGGUUGUGUUUGUCAUUCUUGAAUAUCAUGACUGGUGGAUUCUGAAGUAUGGAGAUGUACUUUCUCAGCUCUCUGAUUAUCCAGCAAUAAAUUUUAGUGGGGACAAUAGAACUCAUUGCUUCCCAGAAGCCAUUGUUGGUCUGAGAAUCCAUGAUGAGCUCACUGUGGACUCUUCGUUAAUGGAGGGAAAAAAGAGCAUUAAUGAUUUUCAAAAUCUUCUAGACCAAGCUUACUGGCCACGAAUCAGGGGUUUGAUCCAAGAUGAGGAACGAGAAGCGCAAGAGAAACUGGAACAAAAGCUUUCUUUGUCCCCGACAUCAGAAACCUGGAUUGUAAUGGAAAGGGAAGUGGAAGAGGAACAAUUAGAGAAGCCUAAACUGGUGAUUUUAUCACGGAAUGGGUCUAGGGAGAUAACUAAUCAGAACUUAUUGGUGAAAAUGGCGGAGGAAAUUGGGUUUCAAGUUGAAGAGUUGAUGCCUGUCCGAACAUCAGAAUUGGCAAGGAUUUAUAGGGUUCUUAAUUCAAGUGAUGUUAUGGUUGGGGUCCAUGGUGCAGCUCUGACCCAUUUUCUCUAUAUGAGACCUGGCUCUGUGUUUAUUCAAAUUAUUCCACUUGGAACUGCAUGGGCGGCAGAGACAUAUUUUGGAGAGCCUGUAAGGAAGCUUGGUUUAAAGUAUAUUGGCUAUGAAAUUAUAACUGAAGAGAGCUCACUGUAUGAUAAAUACGAUAAGGGUGAUCCAGUUCUUAGAGACCCAGACAGCGUGAAUGAAAAGGGAUGGCAAUACACAAAAAGCAUCUAUCUUGAAGAUCAAAAUGUGAGACUAGACUUGAGAAGAUUUAGGAAGCAGUUGGUACGUGCUUAUGACCACAUUGCUAAAAUGAAGGGACAUGUUCAUCUCCAACCAUGGGCGAUCAUAAGAGGAGAAGGAUAUGCUUGAGAGUUGAGAACGACCCUUCAUGCGGCCCUGCCAAAGUUCUUGCAAGAGACAAAACUUUCUCGUUUGAAUGGACUUUUUUUUUUUGUGGCAAAUGGCUGAUUUGGUCAA